UUCAAGUUAUUUUCGUCAUCAGACCGAGCGAGCUAAACGUCGUUGGUUCUUCGAUCUGCCGAUUUGCAGAUUUAAGCGAUAAUACGAGAUCCGAAGGCUACACAAGCCUUCCUCCACUUAAUCUGUAAUCAUGCCUCUCAGACUCGAGAUCAAGAGAAAAUUAGCUCAAAGGUCCGAGAGAGUAAAAUCUGUGGAUCUGCAUCCUACAGAACCAUGGAUUCUUGCAAGUUUGUAUUCUGGAACCUUGUGUAUUUGGAACUACCAGACACAGGUGAUGGCGAAAUCCUUUGAGGUGACCGAAUUACCAGUUCGAUCGGCCAAGUUUAUAGCGCGAAAGCAAUGGGUUGUGGCAGGAGCUGAUGAUAUGUAUAUCCGUGUAUACAACUACAAUACCAUGGACAAGGUUAAAGUGUUUGAGGCUCAUUCAGACUACAUUAGGUGUGUGGCUGUUCAUCCGACCCUUCCAUAUGUGCUGUCAUCUUCUGAUGAUAUGCUCAUAAAGCUUUGGGACUGGGAAAAGGGUUGGGCUUGCACUCAGAUAUUCGAGGGACACUCGCACUAUGUGAUGCAAGUCACAUUUAAUCCAAAAGACACCAACACUUUUGCCAGUGCAUCACUUGAUCGUACCAUAAAGAUUUGGAAUCUUGGUUCCCCAGACCCAAAUUUUACAUUGGAUGCCCAUCAGAAAGGAGUCAAUUGUGUAGAUUAUUUCACCGGUGGUGAUAAGCCCUAUUUAAUUACCGGCUCUGAUGAUCACACUGCUAAGGUCUGGGACUAUCAAACAAAAAGUUGUGUCCAGACCCUGGAAGGGCACACACACAAUGUAUCUGCAGUAUGUUUCCAUCCAGAGCUUCCAAUUAUAAUCACUGGUUCUGAAGAUGGCACCGUUCGUAUUUGGCAUGCAACUACAUACAGGCUAGAGAACACUUUGAAUUACGGCCUCGAGAGAGUUUGGGCAAUUGGUUAUAUUAAAAGUUCACGCCGGGUUGUAAUUGGAUAUGAUGAAGGAACUAUCAUGGUUAAACUUGGACGAGAAAUUCCUGUUGCUAGCAUGGACAAUACCGGAAAAAUCAUAUGGGCUAAGCAUAAUGAAAUUCAAACUGCAAACAUCAAAAGUAUUGGUGCAGAUUACGAGGUUACUGAUGGAGAGAGGUUGCCCUUGAGUGUUAAAGAGUUGGGGACCUGUGAUCUUUAUCCGCAAAGCUUGAAGCACAACCCUAAUGGGAGGUUCGUCGUGGUCUGUGGUGACGGGGAGUAUAUUAUCUACACGGCUUUGGCUUGGAGAAAUAGGUCAUUUGGUUCUGGACUGGAAUUCGUUUGGUCGUCGGAGGGGGAGUGUGCAGUUAGAGAAAGCUCAUCAAAGAUUAAAUUAUUUAGCAAAAAUUUCCAGGAAAAGAGGAGUAUCCGCCCUACUUUUUCAGCUGAGAAGAUCUUUGGAGGAACCUUGUUAGCUAUGUGUUCAAGUGAUUUCAUCUGCUUUUAUGAUUGGGCUGAAUGUAGGCUGAUUCAACGUAUUGACGUCACUGUAAAGAAUCUAUAUUGGGCUGACAGUGGUGAUUUGGUAGCCAUUGCUAGUGACACAUCAUUCUACAUCUUGAAAUACAACCGCGACCUAGUUUCCUCACAUUUUGAUAGCGGAAGACCUACUGAGGAAGAAGGUGUUGAGGAUGCUUUUGAGGUUCUCCAUGAAAAUGAUGAGCGUGUUAGGACAGGUAUAUGGGUUGGUGACUGUUUCAUUUAUAACAACUCUUCCUGGAAGCUUAACUACUGUGUUGGAGGCGAGGUAACCACAAUGUAUCAUUUGGACCGCCCAAUGUAUUUGUUGGGAUAUCUUGCAAGUCAAAGUCGGGUGUUCUUGGUAGACAAAGAAUUCAAGAAAUCGCCGUAGAAGUACAGAGUGAAUCUAAGUGGAAGCAAUUAGGAGAAUUAGCCAUGUCCUCUGGAAAGCUGCAAAUGGCAGAGGAAUGCAUGAAGUAUGCGAUGGAUUUGAGUGGUUUGUUACUGCUUUAUUCUUCUCUGGGAGAUGCUGAAGGUGUGACAAAACUUGCAACACUUGCUAAAGAACAAGGGAAGAACAAUGUCGCCUUUCUUUGUCUAUUCAUGCUUGGUAAACUGGAAGAUUGUUUGCAGUUAUUGGUGGAGAGCAACCGGAUACCAGAAGCUGCUCUGAUGGCACGAUCAUAUCUUCCAAGCAAAGUUUCGGAGAUAGUAGCUCUUUGGAGGAAAGAUCUCAGCAAGGUUAAUUCGAAAGCAGCAGAAUCUUUGGCUGAUCCUGAGGAGUACNUGUCCAGUAAAUGA